CGUUGUAACGCACUGGAGUAAUGCGGAGCAGUCCCAGUGCUCUGGCAAAAAAGGAAGGACUUAUUGUUUUAAAACGACACCUUCCGUGCUGGCUAGAGAUUUUAAUAUUUGAUUUUACUUGAAGAUGCCGGCUGUUAAAAUGCCCAUUUAAAAAAAAGAAAAUGGACUCGAACCGGCCUGCUCUCGGUUUGAUCUAUUUUAAUACAGCUAGCUGUUUGCUAAAGCCAGCUUCUUCGUCGUUUGUUUACUGCAUGCUUUCUUAAAAGUAUUACCUUUAUUUUAGCUGACCGAGAUUAUUGUCUGAUGAUCUAUUUCCGUUUCAAAGAACUCCACCUAUUGCCUGCACCAUUUAAGUCAUAGCCUUCUAUUCCUGUAUCACAAACAAAGUGAAAUACAACCUAAACAAAACAAAGUCUUGCAUUAUGUUCGCUUUCUUUCUAGCCUAAUAUGUCUAAAUGUUGCUGCUUAGAGAACCGGGGCUUAUCAAACUGGUCUUUAUUUUUUGACAAGACCACUUUCUCUGGGCUUAAGUCGCCUUUGUCUCUCAUCUGCUAACCCUGUGGACCACCGGUGAAUUUUGCUAAUACCGACGACCCGAACAACGAUUUCACUGUCUGGAAGGCUUUCUGUUUGUAUUCAAGAACGUCAAGUUUCCAUGGAGACGGUAUCAGGUCUUGGCCUUAAGCGCAGAUUUGAGGAGGUGGACAGUGGUUCACCAUGCUCGAUGCUCAAAGAAUCAGAUGAUGAUGUCUCCAGCAGUGACAGCGUGGAUAGCUGUGACAGUAUAAAUGCCCCCUGCAGCACCCUCACACCCACUUCCAUUCUUAGACGAAAGAAAACCUCUCUGGGCCAUAAGCGGGUGCGUUUUGAUGCUGUGACAGUUUACUAUUUCUCCAGAAGGCAAGGCUUCACUAGUGUCCCUAGCCAAGGUGGUAGCUCAUUGGGCAUGGCACGGCAUCACUGUGCUAUACGUCAGUACACACUGGGGGAGUUUGCUCGAGAGCAGGAAAGCAGCCACCGCAACAUCCUACGGCAGCACCUGCGUCAAGAGAAGCUGAAUGCUCGCAAGAUGAAGUUGACACGGAACGGCACAGUACAUUGUGCCCAGGCAGACCUGCUGACACUGGAUGACGUGUCUGAUGAGGAUCUGGAUGUGGAGGGUGUCGAGGUAGAUGAUUGUUUCUUCCUACAGCCAUUGCCUACCAAGAGGCGGCGGGCACUACUGCGUGCCUCAGGUAUUGCUCGCAUUGAUGCCAGAGAGAAGAUGGAGCUGCGUGCCAUCCGGCUGUCACGUGAGGAAUGUGGCUGUGACUGCCGCUUCUACUGUGACCCACACCAGUGUGGCUGCAGCAGAGCAGGCAUCAAAUGCCAGGUGGAUCGCAUGUCAUUCCCAUGUGGCUGUUCUAGAGAUGGCUGCCAUAAUGCAGCAGGGCGGAUUGAGUUCAACCCUGUCCGUGUUCGCACUCACUUCUUACACACAAUUAUGAAGUUAGACAGGGAGAAAAGACAUGUGUUAGGCACCAGAUUUGGAGAAGACUUUGGAAAAGAAACUGAGCUGAACCCCGGUCCUUCAUGUGCCCGCUCUGCCCUAGACUUUGGAGUAGAGGUGAAGUCAGAGGCCUCAAGUGAGCAGGAGCUACUAGAGGAGCAAUGCCAUAGUCUGGAGCAUGAGAAUGAGACAGCUGUGCUCCACCUGCAAAGUGCUGAGGAGCAGGAAAGGAGAAGGGAGCAGGAAGAGGAAGAGGCACCCAGAGAGGAGGUGCAGAGUCCCAGUCCGAAACUGUCUUUUUUGCAUGAGGAGCUUAGCAGCCAGGAGGAGGUUGGGAGUAUGGUUGAAGUAGACCAAAUGUUCUUUCAGGACACUUUUCCAGGAGGAGCAACACUGCUAUGCAUCAAAGAGAACCAGGAGGAUGCUCUUAGUCAGAAUGACCCACCUUCUGUCUUCUAUUAUCAGAUAGACCAUGUGGAGACGGAAACAUUUAAGAUGCAUGACAAGCAACUGGAGGAGCCCAGAAAAGGUGAAGAGCCCCAAGGUGGACAAGUAGAAGGAGAGUCCAGGAGCAAAUGCCACAUGUCCCAAACCUGCAGGCAGGAUCACUCUGAGAGCUCUACAUCUGAGCAACCUCCUCCUUCAUGUCCAGAAAGUAUUAAAGAUGCUGAAGAGGGCCACUUUAUCUCUGAACAUGGCCCAAGUGGCACAGAUUUUCAAGAGACCUUCCCACUGAUGGAAGAUGAGGCAAUAAAACUUCCUCCAGAAGUUUAGGGCCUGGCAAUGCUGCAGAUAUUUUGCACAAGACUUGUAGUGAAGAUCAAGACCGACAACUCUUAGACUGAGAGACAGUAACAGUUACUGACAUUCGUUUGUAUUUAGAAAUGAGCAUGCACUAUAUUUGAUGUAAUUUCAGUUUUAUUGAAAAAAAAAAUAGAAUAAUAAAUUAUUCAUAUAUAACAUUAAAAAUAAAAACAUAAAGCAAAGAGGGAAGACUUGAUGGAACUUGAGGGAUUGCAUAUUUCUUCUGCUGCAGUAUCAAUGUAGUAUGUGGUACUGGUGGAAAUUGUGGCCUUUAUGCCUAGGAGCAAACAGGAUUGCCUAGAAAGGUCUUUGUGGCUUUGCUGAUGCCUUGAAUUUUCCCAGUGGAUUAACCCAGUGAUCCAUUCAGACUAUUAACCAUAAACAGUAGCUUGAAAUGCUCCAUGGGUGCUGGUGGGAUGUCAGUAGUGAAGCUGAACAAGGGCCCGUGAUAGCUGCCAUCUCCACAUUACUCUGGAAAUUCUUGUUUUUUUAUGUAUUGUUUGCUAAGGGCAAGUAACGCAUCAUGCACAAGUUAAGCAGCAUGAUAAAUGAUUGUGCAAUUAUUUUGCACAGGUAGUACAUUAUAUAGCCAAAUGUUUCUGGACACCUAGAAAUCAGUUGCACCUGAAAAUUUGAAGUACACUACUGUCACCAAGAUGAAUUUCCCUACAGUGGAACUAGGGGGCCUAGCCCAACAUCUUCCAGCAUGACCAUUCCCUAUGGGAAUGCCAGGUCCAUAACAAAAUGGUUUGCCAAGGUUGAAGUGGAAGACCUUGAGUGGCCUUCACAGAGCCCUGAAGUCAACCCCAAAGAACACAUUUGGGUGAAUUGAAAUGGCAAAUACAUCAGUACCUCUUAAUCAGUACUCUUCUUUUUUUGCUUAUUGAACAAAUUCCUAUACCCUACCCCACAUCAAAAUCAAGUGGAAAGCCAUCCCAGAAAAGUGGAGUUUAUUAUAAUAGUAAAGGGGAGACCAAAUCUGAAAUGGGAUGUUCAAAAUGUACAUAUGGAUGGUCAGGUGUCCACAAACCUUUGAACAUAUAGUAUAUUUGCUAGCUAGAAGCUUUUGACAGAACCAGUCACAAAUCUUAGAGCAAAGGUAUGAACUAGUGCCAAAUGAGUUGUUUGAGAAACUUCUUUUUGGUGAAACUGUUUACUGGAUGCAAAGAAUAAUGUGAAAUUCUUUAAAAAUUAUACAAGUAAAAGUUCUGCAACUCAUCAGAUUACAAUUUACCACUGUUAAAAAUAUGUGUAUGGAAACAAGUAAGAAACAGCUGGAAUGCCACUGUUAUUUCAUGUAAAACAGAUGUAAUUAAUUUAUAGCAUUAAUGUUAUUGCUAAAAUGUUUUACAGUAUUCAUUUGUCUUGUUACAAAAUUUCAGUUGUGAUGCUGGUCACAAUGGAUCAGGAGUGUGCAAUGAAGUAGGAGUACUCUCUGGGUGGUGCAUCAUGGAGCCCCAUGUGCACAUACACAUCUUGGGAAAAUCUAGAGUAGCCAAUUUACCAGGCUCCCUGAUGUUUAGAGAAAAUGUGACCGUACAGACAGUAACUCGAGCUCAGGAUCAAACCAGAACCAUUGAGCUUAGAGGGUAGUGGGUAGUGCAACUAUGAUUUCAGCCACUGAUUUUGACAUUUUGGUUAAUAAGUUUCCAUUAGAUUAUUUGCACAUCAGGAAUGUGAAGGUAUGUGGAUCAAUGAAGUUUUACUUCCUUGUUUGUUACUUAUGUGUUCCUCUGGUCCCAAAAACCCAGAAAUCUAAGAUGACCCACAGUUGAUACAGAAACUUUGAACAGCUUGGACAAUAUUAGCUGAGAAACAGGCAAAUGUAGUGUAGCACUAUUUGUGGCUAAGUGCCAAUAAUAUACUGUAAAUCUGCAGAUUUGUUCAGUACUCUAAGCAGAGGAUUUUACACUUGAGGAAAAGAAUUUUCUUUACUUUUAUCAAAAAUAUUAAUUCCUUAUUCCUUGCCUUGUUGGAAUUUCUUGACAACGAUGGCAAAUUCAGUUAUUUUGUUUGAAUUAUGCUUUUAUUUUAAAUUUGAUGUUUUCAAGGAAGUUUAUUAUGCAGUAUCAGGGUUGUUUGGCCCAGAUUACAGUAAACAUACCUUAGAUAGUAAUAUAAGAAGCAAAAUACAAGAAAAAUGUGUGUCCAUAUACACUAUACGGAGAAGAAGAAUGGGUGUUGGACUUAUUUUCUGUCUGGUGUGUAUGUGAAUGUUUUGCAUAUAUUCAUUUGAAUGUGUAUUGAAAGUUAUGUUUGUAUGAUGGGUUGUCCUGUUCAAAAAGGUGCUCUUUGUGUUAGGUUUACAUAUUAGUAUAAAUGCUGUGUAAAGAAUACAUUUCCUGAUCACAGAGAAUCAUAUAGCUGGUAAAGCUACACUACAUUUUAGGUAGCACUGCAAAACUUUUGUCCGCAAGAGAAUUGUACAGAUUUCUCAGUGUAUUUAUUCUGCUUCAGUUAUCAAUAUAGCUGUGCAUGGAUAAUAGUGAGUCUUUAUUUCAAUUUACUACUCAGUACUGAGUAACUUGACUGAAGAUCAUGACCUUUGUGAACAUAUAGAGCUGUUUCUUCAUCUCACAGCAGCUUCUCAACACUGUUUUGAGCCAGUCAUUACAUUUAAGGCAAAACCUGCAAUAAUGACCAUUUUGCAAAUGACUAAUCAUAAGAGAAAAUAUAUUUGAUUUGUACUGUCAUGGUGUAAUUGAAAACAAAACUGAAAGUGUUUUUGUUUUGUCUUCUACGGUGUAUCUUGUCUUUGUAUAUGUUAUUGAAUUAAUGUUCAGUCUCUUUUUGUGUACAAUCCUUAUCAUAUUGAAGUGUCACACAAUAUAUGCCUGAAAUUGAUGAAUUACACUGAAGAUGUGAAGUGGUGAACUGCUACAGACCAAACCACAGUGCACUGAGGGGAUAUGGGCAAAGAGCUGAGAGUGUCUAGUGUGUUUUCUUUAUUUCUUUUUGUUUUGGGUGUGUGUGUGUUUUUGUUUUGUUUUGUUUUUCCUCAAGCUUUAUUUGUUGUCUUGAUGUAAAAUGAACUAUAAAAGUGGUCUCAGACCAGGCUUUCAUAUGGAAAAAAAAUUCCCUUUAUGUUAAUGUUAUUACUGCUUUGUCUCUUUUUUGCUUGCUCUGUUCUGCGACAACUGCACUAAAUGUAAUCCAACCUGUGCGUGUGAGAGAACGAGAGUGACCAUGAGCAUGUGUGUCUGUUGAUGUGUUGAGAUGCUUGACAAAUAAAAGUGAAUGAGGUUGGAGUUAAUAGAAUCUAAUGCUAACUGUUGCCUACGGAGCAGGAAAAACAUUUUUAUAUGAAAAUGUGACAUAAUAAAGUACAAAUUAAUUUAAAAAUUG